AUGUUAAUUAAAAUUAUCAUUUUAAUAAGUUUGUUUCAUCAUGUAAUAUUUUCAUUGCAAUUGGUUCAUUUAAAAAAAAAGAGAGGAAAUGAUUUUUUUGUAAAUAAUAACAUUUUAAAAAGAAAUGUGAUAAAAAAGAAAUAUAGAAUUUUAAGUAAUAAGAACAAAUCUUAUAUUGGAUCAAAUUAUAUAUUUAAUAGAGUAUUUAAUGACAAUAUAAAGGCAAAUGGAGAUAAAUCUAGCGAACUUUUACAACGAGCUAAUUAUAUAAGAGAUGUUAAUGGGAUAUAUAAUAUAUUACCAUUAGGUCUUCGUGUAAUAAAUAAAAUAAUUGAUUUUAUAAAUAAACAUUUAGAAAAGAUUAAUUCUCAUUGUCUGAGCUUAAGUAUACUUCAAGCCAAAAAAUUAUGGAAUAUAUCUGAUAGAGCCAAAUUAUAUAGUGAUGAAUUUUUAUAUGUAUAUAAACAGAAACAACCAAAAAAUGAGAAGAACGCAGAAGAAUGUUUAAAAAAAAAAAUAGAAGAUGAUGGAUAUAUUUUAAGUCCAACAUGUGAAGAAUCUUCCUUAUCUUUAUUAAAUCAAGUAUAUAAUGAAAAUAUUACUACUAAGUGCUUACCCUUAUUAAUUCAUCAAUAUAAUUAUAAAUUUAGAAAUGAAAAGAGAUUCGAAAAAAGUUUAUUUAAGAGUAAAGAAUUCUUAAUGAAAGAUGGAUAUUCUUUCCAUGCUAAUGAAAAAUGUUUAAAUGAAACAUAUGAAAAAUAUAAAGAAUGUUAUAAAAAUAUUUUUGAAGAAUUAAAAUUAUCUUUUAAUAUAAUUAAAAAAAGAAAAAAAGAUAAAAUGAACGCUUUAGAAAGUCAUGAAUUUCAAGUACUAUGUAAAGAUGGAAAAUAUAAAGAAGCAGCUCAUAUUUUUAAAUUAGGAGAUUAUUAUUCUAACAAAUUAAAUAUAAAAUAUUUAGACAAAAAAAAUGAAAAAAAAAAUAUACUUAUGGGUUCUUAUGGAAUAGGUAUAUAUCGUUUAUUGUAUUUUUUGAUAGAAAACUUUUAUGAUGAAGACGGAAUUAAAUUACCUGAACAAGUAGCACCCUUUUCAGUUUACUUAAUACAAACAAAUCAAAAAAGUAAAUACUCAGCAACGAAAAUUUCUAAAAUAUUGAAUAUAUAUAAAGAUAGUAUGAAAAAAAAAGCAAAUAUUUCACAACAAAAUGAUGAACAAUAUAAUCAAGGGAAUAACAAAUGUGGAAAUGACACAUUUAAAGGUGAUAAAAUAAAUAAUGAUGAUAAUAUAUAUAAUGAUGAUAAUAUAUAUAAUGAUAAUACAAUAAAUAAUAAUGAUAAUACAAUAAAUAAUAAUGAUAAUACAAUAAAUAAUAAUGAUAACAAUGUUGAAACAAAUAAUACUUUCACAUAUAACCCUUUAACUAGCAACGAUAUAGAAUAUAUAUUAACUCUAUGGCUUUUUAAUACAUUCAAAAAUAAAAAUGUAGAUGUUUAUUAUGACGAUACAGAUUUACAUUUGUCAAGAAAACUAAAACAUUGUGAUUUGAUAGGAGCACCUAACAGAAUUAUUAUUAAUUUAAAUAAUCUGGAUAAAAAAGUAAAAGUACCUCCAAACUUUUACACUUAUAUAGAUAAUACUGAUAAUAUUUUAUUGAAUAAGUUAUAUUUAACGUUUCAAAAUAUUACCAUAGAAUAUAAACAUCGUUUUUCACAAGAAAAAAAAAUCAUGACAAUACGUGAAUUAUUUAAAUAUUUUAAAUUUAUAUAA